AUGGAAGGCAACGACAAGCCCCAGAGCGACGACAAGCGUGACGAUCAGUGCAGCGACGGUAAUAAACCGUUCCUCACCUUCCGAAGGGCUUCACCGAAGAAGCAGCCUGUGACUUCCUCAAUACAUUUGCCCUACCUGUUUUUCGCGGUUGCAAACCUGACAAAGAGAAAGGACUGUUCGACUUCAGGAACGGAGGACAUAGACAUUGCGGCUAUCAGGCGUGAUGUACUGACAAUCGAAGAGAUGAGAGAGGCUAAGAGGCUGCAUAUCGAGAAGAUCGAAAAUGGGUGGGAGCGUGUCUGCGUGAGAGGGAGCGCGAGAUGGACUAGGGGCGAUGGACUUGCGAUUGAAGCAAGACAUAAACACUAG